AUGGAUGCUGGCGAUAUGGCUGCGGCGGCUCCGGCCACGCCCAUCUACCGCCUGCCUGUCGAGCUGCUUUCACUGAUUAUCAACUUCUGUUCUGACUACCGGGAGGUGUCCGCCCUGUCGCGGGCGAGUCGACGCUUGAACGACAUCGCCGGCCGGCUCCUAUACGAAAAGCAGGUGUACUUGAAGAACUAUGACCCUGUCUACCACGCUGCAUCAUCUGGCUGCAUAGGGACAAUCAAGCGAUGGCUUACCAUUAGCAGCCCGUCGGGAUCCCCGCUAGGCCCUCUGGACGUCUACGCGGUGAACACCUACAUCGACAAGGCCCCCGGAACCCAGAUGAUAAGCUAUGUACGCGGCCCAUUGAGCUUGAAGGACCGACGAACGUAUUUCAUCUUCUCGUCGCCGCUGCACCGCGCGGCGCAGUCUGGGCACCUGGACGUCAUCGAGCUCCUCCUGGAGCACGGGUGCGACGUGAACGCGCCGUCUCUAUUGUUUACCAAGAUGGGUCUGAGCUGCUUUCGCGAUGCUAGGGACCGCGGAAACCCCCAGGCCGAGAACUGCGUUGUUCUGACCCCCUUGCAUGUCUCCAUCAUAUAUGGUCAGCCAGCAGCGGCCAAGCUGUUGCUUGAGAGGGGUGCCGACGUCAGGAUAUGGCUGCGACACAGCGACCAGGCUAGCGGUGUGACGGCACUCCAUCUCGCUGCGGUGCAUGGCCGUUCGCAGACGGUGACGGAACUCGUCCAGGGGGGGUAUUCGAAGGUCGAUGAGCUUGACGGAGACGGAACGCCGCCGAUGCUAUAUGCUGCCGAGCAUGAGGCGAAUCUCGAGUGUAUGGAUGUGCUGCACAGGUUAGGUGCUGAUCUCGACAUGCAACUUGGUAGUGAUGUGAAACAACCGCUGCUGGCUGCGCUUAUCGAAAAGAUCAGGUUCAAAGCGGCCUCAAGGCUCAUUGACCUAGGAGCAAGUGUGGAUGCUGCUGGUGGACAGUCAGCCAUUCUGGCUUUGUGCGAGAGGGCUAAGAUAUCAGCUAUAUACCCAGAUGCUGUCGAUCUUGCGGUGUGGAAUGACUUGGUCGCUCGGGUCAAGAGCGCGUCUCAAGAACCACGAAAGUUUCCCGGUCGCUUCAGGAAGUUACUAUCACUCGGGAGGACAGAGAAAUAA